AACUCAAAUUAAAAAAUUACUUUAAAAAGUUAUGCCUGUGCUUGACAAUCCCUGACAACCCCUUGCCGGACCGACCAGUUCCAGAGAGUAUACAGUCGGGAGAAAACUUCUCCAGCCGAGAAGUCAGCGAGAAAACAGACAUACGAGAGCCGUUGUCAUAGAGCGAAAACUGUGCGUAGCCUGCUGUGCAGCAGCAACAGCACCAACAGCAGCAGCUGGUCUGGUUCUUGUUCACGACCAAACGGUGAGCUCACGGUUUAUUCGACAUUGGUACGUUCUCGCGCGCGAACGGUUCGGUAUGCUGCCCUAUGCCCAGACGCACUCGUAGCUCUGGGUCUAGUGCGACCUUCUUGUGUGUGUUUUUUUCUUCUGUUUGUGCAAUAACAAAACAAUUGUGAGUUUUCAGACGCGUGCGACAGCAAAGAUUUGACAUUACGUUUACUGAUGGAAUUUCUGUGCAGGAUUUCAUCCAUAUUUGUCAAGUUGCGUUUAGAACGUUAAGUGAAAAGUGGUCCCCUACACUGGCCCUGCCCACAGAACUCGUGGGAGUUUUUGGGGUGAAAAGUGUACUAAGUAAGUUGUUUUUUUCAUUUCUGUGAAAAGUUAAUCCAAAGGUGAGCAUUAAAGUAUUUUCUGAAAGGGAAGUAUUAUCGCAGUUUGUGUGUGUGUGUGCGUGUAAGUACGUGCCUAUAUCCUGUUGUCCAGAAGGAAAAGUGUUAGCAACAAGGGCAAAACACCUAAAGUUUUGUGAGUGUAUCGUACGCGCGUGUGUAUACUGGUCAUUUGGUGAGCGAAAUUUAAUCGAUUUGAUUCGUGCAAAAUUUCAUGUUGGGCAAAUUCCCUCCCACACUCAACCUGUACGUUUUCAGUACACACAGUGCCCGUGCCCAUGCCGUGAGCAGUGAAUCGAAGUAAGCAGAAAUAAAAUCACCAAAACCCAGUGCUUACUUGAUGUGAGAAGCAGUUGUGAUAACGGAGUGAAACAAUCGGUUCUCCUUGCUGGGCCGAAAUAACAACGGAACGGAACGGAAUUACCAGACGUGAGUGAAGCAUACAAAGGAAGCAAAUCGGCGAAAGAAUAAAACAAAAAACCGCCCCGAACCCCAACAUCCGAGACAGCAACUCGCACCCCGCAUUAGAAGCAAAAUAUGAAGAUCAACGCGUCCAAGAUGGCGACCCCGAUCGAAGAGAAAGUUGAUCAGAAUCUGAAGACCCGCACCGGGAUGGUAAUGAUAAGCGAUGGCAAAAGCAAACCAGAGCUGGCCCGGCUGCAUCUGUCGAUGGAGAUGAUCACGAUCCAGAAGCAGGACACGACCACACCCGCACCAACACCCACGAACGCCACACAUCCGCCUAUUGAGUCUAAGGAACGCAUGGUACAGAUCACACGCCAGAAAGUGGGAGGCCUUGGACUGAGCAUAAAGGGUGGCGCCGAGCAUAAACUGCCGAUACUGAUAUCACGCAUCUACAAAGACCAGGCGGCCGACGCAACAGGUCAGCUGUUUGUCGGGGAUGCCAUCAUCAAGGUAAACGGUGAAUACAUCACAGCCUGUCCACAUGACGACGCGGUCAACAUUCUCCGAAAUGCUGGCGAUAUCGUGGUACUUACCGUGAAGCAUUACCGAGCCGCUACACCGUUCCUGCAGAAACAAUUAAGCCGGGAAACGCCCGAAUCGGACAAUGAUGCGACGUGCGCCGAACUGAAGGCGGAUGAAAAUUGGAAAUCGGUCAACAGUAGCCGUCCGGUGUCCAUCAGUUCGGAGCCGGAAAAUCGAUGGAUCGAUUUGGUUUCGGUACCCCUGAUGAUGGCGUACGUCACGAGGUACAUCUAUGGCACGGACAAGCUACGACCGAAUGCGUUCGAGGUGCGAGGACUCAAUGGGACCACAACCGGUAUUAUACACUGCGACGAUCUAGCCAUACUCAGCCAGUGGCUAAAGUACAUCACGGACAACGUGGUCGGACUGACAAGCUUGCAGAUGAAGCUGUUCAACCGAAAUUUCCCCGUCGGCGAACGGAUCGAGUACAUGGGAUGGGUGAACGAGGGCGUCAUUAACAAUCACAUCUCUUGGCAGAGCUACAAACCGCGUUUUCUGGUGCUGAAGGGUACCGAGGUGAUGCUGUUCGACUCGCCACCACUCAACGUGACCGGUCUGACGAAGGCGAACGUGGCCUACAAGGUGUACCAGACGAUGUUCCGCGUUGUGAAGGAGUCGGAAACGGUUGACUCCCGGCAGCAUUGUUUCCUGCUCCAAAGCUCCGGUCACGAACCGCGCUACCUUAGUGUGGAAACGCGCCAGGAGCUGCUAAGGAUUGAAAACAGCUGGAACGCGGCGAUCGUUACGAGCGUUAUCAAGCUCGGCCGCAAAACGUUCGCCGUAUCACAUCACGGUAAAACGGGAGGACUCACCCUAGACUGGCAGGCCGGAUUUUCGCUUACCGAAGGUGCGGAUGCGGCCGUUAUCUGGCAGUACAAGUUCUCGCAACUACGCGGCUCCAGUGACGAUGGCAAAUCGAAGUUAAAACUUCACUUCCAGGACCACGAAACGCGCACCAUCGAAACGAAGGAGCUCGAGUGUCAUGUGCUGCAAAGUUUGCUGUUCUGCAUGCAUGCCUUUCUGACGGCGAAAGUUGCUUCCGUCGAUCCCACCUUCCUGAGCUCGAUCCAGCAAGCCUAGACCCUGGUGUCCAGCGGAUUCCUACCCACCACCGGGUGGUAUGAUGUGCUGCUCGACGGAACGGGAAACAGUUAAAGGGUACGCCGUAGCCAGGGACAUCUUUCCUGUUCCCUUGCCGAAAAAAAGUCCAGUCCCAGUGUCCCUGUCGAGUGUUUUCGCAGCAACUUCCGGAUGCUGCACUGGAUCCCACGCCCACGUGGACUAGCCAAUGUCAACCGAGAGCUUACAGACUUCAACGAACUGACCAGAUGUCAUCGCGCAAUACGACUAAUUAAACGAUUAUAUACCUAUACACCACGCACAUGGGUUGCGGAUCCCAUUGGCAACGAUAUGUUGUGGAUACUCGCGCCAUUUUGGAUUGUGAAGGUACACCCGGGGACCGUCCUGCUGUGGAGACGUUUAGCUUUAUCCCGCGCAUCGGUAGCAUUAGUUUAGAUUGUUCGUAAAAGCGAAAGGAUAAGCGGAAAUUAGUUCGUUGGCAUACCCGCAUUAAGAUAGCCACUUAAGAAUAGGUUUCAUUCGUUGUGAUUGUUGGCUAUUGUUGUUUAUAUAGCCACCAAGUUGAACUUGGGGACGCUAACCCGAGAAAUAUUAGGUUCGAUUAGUUUAGGGGUUUUUUUUGUUGCUAGUUUAAGGAACCAAUGGUACACCGUGUAGACAGAAAAAGAGGUGGAAUAUUUGUAUCCAGCCACAGAGUGUUGACACCUUCCAUGCUGCACUUAAAAAUGUCUCUCAUAAGAGUAAGUACGCAAGGAUCUUCUGUGCGAGAAAUAGCGCUCUAUAUUGAAAUUCACCAACCUCUCGUACCAACAAAAUGUCCCAGUUGACUUGAUAAAUCCAAAGAGAAAACGUUAAAAAACAAAAACUCCACUCCACCGUGAAGCUUGCACUCCAUCCGAUUUGUGCUAUUAAACUGUGACACGAGUCCCUGACUGACUGACCCACCUUCACCAAACACCAACGUUGGCGGAAGUCCCCUCUGAAUGCCCUGAUUGAUGGCAGUAAUUUUCUUGGCGAACGUUGUUCAUUUCACAUUAGCAUGCGCACGUUCUUUCGCUCGUCUAACAACUAUCCCGCCAUAUGGAGCGCUUGGAGUUGAAGUGGUACACGAAUUUAAUUGCAAAUCCACCAGCAACUAGAAUAUCAUAGGUUCUGUUGGCGUGCAGUAAAUAUUGGCAAAGUGUUCACAGGUUCACAGGUGGAGGUUUUGUUAAUUAAAAAGGUCACCAAAAUAAUUAAGCCGAAGAAUGGCAGGUGUAACGGUGUAUAAAAAUCACACUACCAAAAUGCGAUAUAAAGCCCACGUGUGUUGAUGAAGGGGGGUUUUUGUGUAAUAUCAUCCAGAUAGUCCACGAAGUCCACCAUCAACUGAACCAUUUUGAACUGCUCGCUUGUACAGUGAACGUGUGAAACAAAAAGCCCAAAACCCUGGUAGGAAAAUUAUACAGCAGCACAACAUCAGUUCCGAUGUUUCGCAGAUAGUUUAUAUAUUAUUAGACGCACAAACGCACAUAAUGUUAUACAUAGUAACUGUAGCUAAGUAAUGCAACUCUUUCAGUGCCGCAAACCGAGCACACUGAAACAUUUACCCACCAGAAACCACAGCAAAGCAGAAACGAAUGAACACGUUUACACAUAUAGUGCGAUAUUGGGAGAACGAAUCAAAAAACCUAAUUAUGUCACUCUCUCUCUUCCCUCCGCCGAAUAUCAGAUGUAAAUCGAAAUUUGAAAUAGAACAAUUUAACAAAACUAACCCGUAAACUUGGUAGAUAGAUAGUAUGGAGCAAGUAACUUCACAAAUUUUAACAAACUAAAGCAAAUGAAAAGGAAAUCAAGUCGAGCAGUGGAUAGAAAUUGUCACUUUCUAGCAACGCCAUACUAACGUCUAUAAUCGAAACUGGAAAACAUCUAACCCACAUCGCUAAUAUUACUGCUAACUACUUGCUACCCAACAUGCGCUGCAAAUCCAUUACCAAUAUAGUCAAUAGAUGAAAUUCUUCAAUGAAAUGACAACAACAAAAAAGCAGAAAUCAAAUUACAUACAUAACUAUAACUCCACUAGAGAAAAAGGAAACAAACAAUACAGAAGUCCAUUCUUUUCCACUCCAAAGCUGUACAUGACUGGAACACACAUUUAUCCGUCUGUCUGAUUACAACCAGGACACAAAGUAAAAUGGGUUAAAAAAACGAAUAGUUAAAUUAACUGACAGAAAGGCGAAUUCAAUUGCCAUACGUACAUUAGACAGAUAAACGAAGAGUCUUUCCCGCCCAGUAAGGACUGCUGCGCUUCGCUUAUCUACUUAGUUGUUUUGUUUAUACGUUUGGAUUCAUUUCUUUCCUUCUCUGCAUCUUUCAAGCCUGUGCUUUGAGCAGCAUGGUUUACUUCUAUUUAAUGUGUUUUCGUUUCUUAUUAUUGCUCUAAGCAGUUGAAGUUGAUAGUUUUUCUUAUCCAUUCGUUUGCUUUCCUUAUCUUCUGCUCUUCUCAAUAAUGUCUCCUGAUCUGCUGUGUUUUAUCUUUGUUUUUUUUUUCUAGAUAUAAAACUGUCCUGUCUUAAGUGUAACCGUAAAACAGAAAGCAUCAAAAAUCAGUAUUGAACCUGGCCCGUGAAGCAAUGUGAAGUCUCUAGCAAUCGAUAAAAAUUAAAAUAUUGCAUUUACUUUCUACACUCAAAACUCUUCCCUUCCCAUUAAACAAAAAACUAAUUACAUCGCUUUUUCGCGAAUUACAGAUGAGGCAAUUACUUUUAUGUGUCUUAUAAAAAAAAACAGAGAGUAUAUUAGCAAAUUAUUAUGCAUCACCACGAUAUGAAGAGUAAGGAAUAUAAAUCGUCACCAUUGCAAGUGCACACUGAACUGAACUAAUUUAAAAUUAGUCUACUCCUGUUUACGGAACCUCUCCAUAUAUUGCAUUGGUGAUUUGAGGAAGGAUUAUUACGCAGGAUUACUUACGCACACGCGCACAUUUCAUACGCCACAAAGCUGGUGUACCAUUUUGUGCGGAAAGUUUAUGCUGAAACCUAUCUGUUGAUACUAAUUGCUUUAAUUGAAGUGAAACGAACGAGAAGGACAUGUUUCCUUUACUUUACUCAACUCACACAAACACGUACACAUAUACACAUACAUUGUUGGCCUGUUAUCAUCAUUGCUAAGAGUUUGGUGCUUGUUAAUAUACUGUUCGCGUCAUAGUGCUUACAAUCGUUAAUUGCAGAAAUAUUAGGAAAUUGAGUAAAAAAAAAACAAACAAAACAAAAUACUUGUUACAAAACCAGAACCAGAAUGGGCUGUUAGAAGCAAAAUCUAUUUUCACUACAAACAAAAAAGGCUUACCAAAUAUGUCUUCUCAUUCGCCUGUUGUUUGCUGCACAAAAGGUGUGCGCAUUGUUUUUUAAAUUGCCAAAUGCGCGCUUCCGGCGGUGAUUGGUGAGUGUUGUAUAUUUUUUUUAUCAUAUGUUAAGGUUAGUUUUCAAAAGCACCAUCAAAGAAGUGGGCAAACAAAUUCAUUAGCGGGCUAAAUGAGUGUAGCACCUAGCGGGAAGGUGAUAAUAGGACAUGUUAGGUGUUUAACUUAAUUCGUGACACAUUUUUAUGAGGGGAAAAAAUCCACUUUUCUUUUUAUUGCAAUUGUUGAAAAACAUUAUAACCUGACCGGUUUUCUGUAUAGCAUUUUAAACAUACUACCACCAAUUGUCAUACUUUGGCAUAUUUGAUGAUCUCGCUAAAGCAGCUCAUAAUGCACAUCUUUUACUUGGUCCCACCAUAAUUUCAUUUUCCUCCCAGCACAUGCACGCUACUUUUUCUAGUUUUCGAAAAACUACGCCGCAAAUAAAAUAUUUGAAUUCUACUGUAGCAGCAUUUACAUUUCUAAAUGAUUAGUGAUUGGUUUUGCAAUGUAACAAAUUGAAAGGCGGGAAAAGAAGCGACUAGAAUGUGAAAGGAUCUAAUGCAAUACAAAACGGAUAAUCAAAUUGUGUGAAAAUGUGGGCAGAAUUUGUGCGUUCUGUAUGUGUGUGUGUAUGAAAGUGCUAGUAUGGAAGGGAACGGAAGACAAUUCACGCAGAAAAAUUAUAUACACGAAUAUACAAUAUAUUAAUAUUUAAAGGAAGGUCUAUCCCAUAUAUUUACACGCGAUGUUUUCCAUACAAUUCGGACAAGCCACACACAUCAUACAACGUCGUAUCGGAAAACAGAAAACGAUCGCAGCACCAACUGGUCCAGUUUCUCCUUCCCGUAUCCUUCUUCGUACUAACCUACAACGUGUAGAGUGGUACGGCCUGGUAGAGCUUCCCACAUGAAACAGUGCACCAUCACUUUUGGACGCAUUUACGUGCGUAAGUAGUAGAGUUGUGAACGACAGGAGAGAAGAAGAAAAAAACGCCCAUCAAAAUGCAUUUCGGUGCGAUAAAAAUGGACCGAAUUGAAUCACUUUCUUCCCGUUUUACAAAUCAAAUCUCUCUCCAAACGGAAUUUACUCAUGGUACGCAUAUGCACAUUCUUCGAAUGCACUGCCGCCCACUUCAAGCGACAAGAUAUACAACAAAAUAAUAAAAAAAACAUACAUGCACACACACACAUCCAAAAGAUUAGGCACAAAUGCUAAGGAUAAGAAAUUGAUGAACAUCCUCACCGGAAGAUGUAUUGGUAAAUGUGUAUUAGAAACCCCAAUUCUAAAAUCGUGUUGAAAAUGGGUAACACAGUUAAAACGGCGAAUGAAGGAGCGAAUUUUCUCAGAAAAGAUCAUAUUCUAAGUCAACCAAUUUCCGUAGGUUAUAUGGUUAAUAAGUUAGCUAGAUUCUAUCAGCCAUCACUAUUAAAAUGGGUGCGUUUUCUUUUCAUUUUCUGCAUCUAUGUUAUUAAAGAAAACGCAAACGGAUGAGAAAAAAAGCAAUGGGAAAACCCCAACUGCAAUGAAGAUGCUCAAAAAAAGAGGAUGGAUUAGCAAAAUUAGAAGAACAUGCAAAAAAAACUAGGUAUUUCUUUAAUGGAUUUUUUCACGACGGAUCCGUUCGAAAGUGUCACAAAAGAAUUUGUUUUCUCCCCCAGUAACGCGCGCGGCACGUCACAGCCUGGAGUCAAGGGGUGUUUCUAAAUAGCUCCCACGUCGUUAGUUUAGCCGCGCAAUGGACUAUAAAAAAAAUCGGAAACCCCAAAAUAAACACUGUAAAACUGAA